AUGAAGAACAACGAAAAAGAGCAGUCUUUUGUUUGCCGAAAUUGGCAUACGUUGGUUCGCUCUAGGCAUAAGAGUUUGACAAUCCGUGAGACACCGCAACCGUUCUUCCCUCUUGCGGCAUGGGGUUACCACUUGGAGCUUUUGGGGUGUGACUUAGUCACACUUGCUGGUCUUACCUACCUUGUCGAGCAUUGUCAAAGUCUAGCGUAUCUUCACUUACAAUGUUGCCCUCAUUUCAACGAUGCUGCCGUAUUAGUCGUCAUCAGAAGAGCCCACGCUAGCCUCCAGCAUCUUAGGGUUACGUUUUGUGAGGUGACGUCCGCGGCCAUCCAGAUUUUAGGCACGCUUUUGACGGUGUUUGUCUGCUGA